AAGGGAUCUGCUCCGAAAUACUGCCCUUUAAAUUUCGCGCUCGAUUCUCGCAAUUUUAUCUACGCGAAGUUGUGCAAUGUCGGAGAGUCGCGAUUUAAAUUCUUCCGUUGCUAACUUCAGUUCAGUUUUGUGUCGCUUUUACCGUUCACGACGCUUGUCUAUUGUUGUAUAUUCCACUCAAUUGUACAGGGAAAAAAACCGUUGGAAAGUUUAUCUAUCGAAGUUGUGUACAUACAUCACGGAGAAAUUAUUUUUUUUAUUGACAAAUAAACCAUAAAGAUGCCAGAGAUCGAGGAAAAGGACCAAACAAACGAAAAUGAAAAUGGAAGUGGAGAUGAGUCCACAGAUCACAUUGAAUCACCACCCCAAUCUCCAACUCCUAUUGAACCUAUAAUUCCAUUGCAAGAAGUAUCCAACAAUGAAGAAGAAGAAGAGGAGCUGAUAAAAUUGAGAGCAAAGUUGUACCGCUACGACACCUUUGAUAAUCCUGCUGAAUGGAAAGAAAGAGGCACUGGUGAAGUUAAAAUGCUUCAACAUAAAACAAAAAAUACUGUCAGAAUUGUCAUGCGUAGAGACAAAACACUCAAACUUUGUGCAAAUCAUUUUGUAUGGCCUUGGAUGGAAUUAAAUCCCAAUUGUGGAAGUGAUAGAGCAUGGGUAUGGAGUGCACUAGCAGAUUUUGCUGAUGACACUCCUAAGCCUCAAUUACUUGCCAUUCGAUUUGCUACUACUGAGAAUGCCAAAUUGUGGAAAGAAAUGUUUGAAACAGCAAAGAAAAUUGUUGAAACCAAGUGUCAAGCUUAUGUUGGAAGGUCUCACGAAGAUGGUGAAGUUGAAAAUGCUACAAACAAAUCAUUUGGUGAUACUACAUCAGACAGUUUACACGAAGAUAUAGAAAAACUGAAAGUUUCUGAAGAAGAAACAGCUGCUAAAUAGUUAACAUUUUUGAACCAUUAAUUUUAGUUUUUUGAAAAGAUGUUUGUCUCAUGUGUGGAAUCAACAUUCCUUUGAUUUAUUCUAACGAAACAGCAUUAAAAUUUUUACAUGAAAUAUCAACAUUGCAGUUGAUUAAUUUUAGAAAAAAGUUGUUAAUACAGUUUUGAAUCUACCAUUUUGUGUGUCAAUGUAUGAGUGCUAUUUAUGCAUGUAUUGUAAAUGGUAUCUGUGAUUUUUAAAACAAAAUGUAUGCAGCGUCAUACAAAGAAAGUAAGAUGUUCUCUGAUCUGCAACAGACGAGUCACAAAACUUACAGCUAUUUAAUGUAAAAGUACAUAAUAAUAAAUAACAAUGAUACUUUUUAA